UUACUCCUCGUGGGUGCACUUGUUGAAGUCCACCGUAUGCCCGAGCCCCGUAUUGUCGUGCCACACGACGAGGGCGUUGACCACGUUCUUGAAUCGGGGGCGAAUGGCGAUGCAGAUGGUGGGGUGUUGAGCUCGAUGGUGGUCGCCUUGCCGCACCCGAUGCACCCACAGCACUGCUCCCAAUACUGCAGCUUCCCCUUCCCCAGGACAACCGCCGUUGGAGAUAGCGUCGGCAACCUCGUUCAUCACCGCAUCGUACCUUGACAAACCGCCAGACAGACAAAGAGACAGACAGACAGACAGACAGAUGAGAUGAACAAAGGUACAUAUCAGGAUAUUGUCGAUUCGUUGGCUCACCACUCGCCGAGCUCGGACGAAGUCUUGCACUCAAACGCGGCCUUAGGCCCCGUGGCCGCGUCGUCAACGAAACACCAAGAUAUAAAAUGUAAGCAGCGAUGCUCGCGCUUAUGUGCUGGUAUCCGGCCAGCUGAGACGCCAUGUCAAUGCGCUCCAGCGCCCGAAGAGCGUACCUUGAUAACCCAACAGAUCAGCCAGCCAGACAGACAGACAGAUGAACAAGGGUACAUAUCAGAAUAUUGGCGAUUCGUUGGCUCACCACUCGCCGAGCUCUGCCAUGUUCUUGCACUCGAACGCCGCCUUCGGGCCAGUGGCGGCGUCGAACCCGUCUAUGAUCCUGACCAAUCGAUGACAUACCACACACAGAGAGAAAUGAAACGAUGCACCCAUCCCCUUCCCCCACCUCCCCUUGCUCACGUCUCAUGUGUGCAUUUGUUGAAGUCGACGGUGUGUCCGAGCCCAGUAUUGUCGUGCCAGAUGACGAGGGCGUUGGUGAGGUUCUUGAAGCGGGUGGUGGGGUACUCCAGCUGGAUGGUGGUGGCCUGAUCAAUUGAUGACACACACAGCACACAACACAUAUCAGUACACAUGGAGAGGCACUCAUCCUCUCCUCCCUCCCGCACCUCCCCGUGCUCACGUUUCGUGGCUGCACUUGUUGAAGUCGACAGUGUGCCCGAGCCCGGUGUUGUCGUGCCAGAUCACGAGGGCGUUUGUGAGGUUCUUGUAACGCGGGCGGCAGGCGAUGCGAAUGGUGGGGUAGGUGAGCUCUAUCGUCGUCGCCUUACCGCACGGCACGCACCCGCAGCAUUCUUCCCAGAACUGGACCUUGCCCUCUCCUGCCGCGACGUGAUGCCAGAUGGGGCGCGAGUCCCAAUACCGCCUCGUCUCUCGCUUCCGGAGCGACCCCCCCUUGUUAACGCGGCGGAUGGGCGGCAUGGUCUGUCUGCUGCGCGGGAGUGGUGGCGAGACGGCUGACGGGCGGACGGUGGCGCGGGGGAGGCAG